AUGAGCUCCCCCGUGGUGCGCCGCGCACUCCUCUUGUCACUCCUCUGCGCCGGAGCACUCGGUUUCUUGCCCUGCUCCCAUGGCGCCGAGGUGGCGCCCGGCUACGUCACCGUCUCUGCCGCCAGCUUCAGGCCGUCCUCAACGUGCAGAGCCCCCGACCCAGUUGUGCCGCAGCGGCGGAACGGCACGGCCGCCGUGCUGCGGCUGACGCACAAACACGGGCCGUGCGCCCCCUCGCGCGCGUCGUCCCUGGCGACCCCGUCGGUCGCUGACACGCUGCGCGCGGACCAGCGCCGGGCGGAGUACAUACUGAGGAGGGUGUCGGGGCGCGGCGCGCCUCAGCUGUGGGACUCCAAGGGCGAGGCGGCGGCGACGGUGCCGGUGAACUGGGGGUUCGACAUCGGCACGCUCAACUACGUGGUGACGGUGAGCCUCGGCACGCCGGGCGUGGUGCAGACGCUGGAGGUGGACACCGGCAGCGACCUGUCGUGGGUGCAGUGCAAGCCGUGCGCGGCGCCGGCGUGCUACAGCCAGAAGGACCCGCUCUUCGACCCCGCCCAGUCGUCGUCCUACGCCUCCGUGCCGUGCGGAGGGUCCGUGUGCGAAGGGCUGGGUAUCUACGCGUCCGCCUGCUCGGCGGCGCAGUGCGGGUACGUGGUCAGCUACGGCGACGGGUCCAAGACCACGGGCGUGUACAGCUCCGACACGCUGACUCUGUCGCCGAACGACAAGGUGCGGGGCUUCUUCUUCGGCUGCGGGCACGCGCAGAGCGGGCUGUUCACCGGCAACGACGGGCUCCUCGGCUUCGGCCGCGAGCAGACGUCGCUCGUGGAGCAGACAGCGGCCACGUACGGCGGGGUCUUCUCCUACUGCCUCCCGACGAAGCCGUCCACCACGGGGUACCUGACGCUGGGCGGGCCGUCCGGCGUGGCGCCGCCGGGCUUCUCCACGACGCAGCUGCUGUCAUCGCCUAACGCGCCGACCUACUACGUCGUGAUGCUGACGGGCAUCAGCGUCGGCGGGCAGCAGCUGAGCGUGCCGGCGUCGGUGUUUGCGGGCGGGACGGUGAUAGACACCGGCACGGUCAUCACCCGCCUGCCCCCGACCGCGUACGCGGCGCUGCGGUCCGCGUUCCGCAGCGGCAUGGCCUCGUACGGCUACCCGUCCGCGCCGCCGACCAGGAUCCUGGACACGUGCUACAACUUCUCCGGGUACGGCGCCGUGACGCUCCCGAACGUGGCGCUCACGUUCAGCAGCGGCGCGACCGUGACGCUGGGCGCCGACGGGAUCCUGUCGUUCGGCUGCCUCGCGUUCGCGCCCAGCGGCAGUGACGGUGGCAUGGCCAUCCUCGGCAACGUGCAGCAGCGGUCGUUCGAGGUGCGCAUCGACGGCACCUCCGUCGGGUUCAGACCCAGCUCCUGCUGA